GCCAACCGCAAAAAUGCAGAACAUCUUCCUCGCCGCCACCCUUUUGGGAGCUGCUUUCGCUGCUCCACAAAACCCUCCAACCUCCUGCUCUGCUGCCCCUCAGCCUACCGGCACCGGUUCUCCAGGCACCGUGUGCGGCUCGACCACCUUCACAAACUACACCGUCAAGGCCGGUGAUACCCUCGGCGCCAUCGCCAAGCAGUACAACUCGGGCGUCUGCGACAUCGCCAAGGUCAACGGCAUCGAUAACCCAGACUACAUCAAGCCGGACCAAGUCCUCAGCAUUCCCGCCAACUGCGUCACCCCGGACAACACCUCUUGCGUCAAGCCCGUCCCAGUGAUUACGAACACCUGCGUGCUGGGUGUGGGAUCUACCUACACCGUCAAGUCCGGCGACUCCUUCUCCGCCAUCGCCACCUCGUUCAACAUCACCUUGGCAUCCCUCGAGGCCCGCAAUCCACAGAUCCCCAACUACGACUUGAUCUUCCCCGGCCAGGUCAUCAACACGCCUCUCUGCCCCAACUCCGUGUGCGACAGCAUUGGCACCUAUGUCAUUGAGUCCGGCGACAUUUUCUACAACCUCGCCCAGAGCAACAACGUGACCGUCGGCCAGCUCGAGUCUCUCAACGUCAACGUCAACGUCACCGACAUUCAUCCUGGUGAUAUCAUCAUCCUCCCUCACAACUGCCACAACAUCACUGCGUCUGCCUAAGAGGUGGACAGUGUGAACGCCGCGCGUGGUGCUCGUCAUUGAAUGAUGGACACCCAUUGGUCAAAAUUGCCGGAGAUGGAGGAGGAGAGGCAGCGGAAUAACUUUACUGUGGUCAAACCAGUCCCUGGUAUAACGAGAAGAAUGUCGAUCGAGUUUUAGUCAGCACAUACUGCGUGUAUAAUUCAGUCUUGCUUGCUUUUAUUACAUAGUUGUUCCAACGAAGACAUACUUCUGUUGG